ACCGUCUCUGCAGACCGCAGCAUCAAACUGUGGGACCUGCGGGCGCAGAAAACCACCGUGUCCAUCGACAGUAACCAUGGAAACGUCGUCUCAGCCUGCUGCUUCACCAGCAACGGGCACUUCCUGUGCACGGCGUCGUGGGACAAGACGCUGAAGCUGUGGGACCUGCAGGCGGGGGGCUUCCGAUCUCACGGCGGGACGCCGCUGCAGGGAGGCCACGAAGGCAGCGUGAGUGCCUGCUGCCUCGCCGCUGCUGACGCGAACCUCCUGGUGUCCGCCUCCUACGACGGGACUGUUGCUCUCUGGGAUUUGUCGUCUCUCUCUCAGACUCUCGUGCUGAAGGGCCACAGUGAUUGGGUGACAGAUGUGUCAGUGAGUGCUGACAGGAAGUUGGUGGCUUCUUCCUCCAAGGUUCACAAGUAUUUUCAC